AUGGGACCUCUCGAUACGAGGAGACAGAAUAAACGGUGCGAGUAUCACAAAGACCACGGUCACGACACUGACAGUUGUUAUGCACUAAAGGAUCACUUGGAGGAGUUGAUGCAAGACGGCUGGCUUAUGCAACACGUCCGAAAGAACAAUUUAACAAACAUAGUAACUUUACAGCCGGAUUCACCUCUACUUGGUGUAAUUCAUAUGAUAUACAGCUUGCCGACGACAUCCGAGGUGUAUACAAUUCAGUUGCAGUCUAGCCCCCAUAAGCCAAUCACGCUAGCAAAACGGCCUCAUGAAAUUGCGACGAUUAGUUUCGAUGACACUGACUUAGUUGGAGUAACUCUCCCUCACACUGAUCCCCUCGUCAUCAGUCUACGCAUAAACAGAUUCACCAUUGAGUGUGUUCUCAUUGACCAAGGAAGUACUUCAGAAGUCAUGUAUUAUAAAACCUUUAUUAAACUUGGCUUCACUGAUUUGGAUCUGUCUCUGGCUGAUUAUUCGUUAUUCGGCUUCAACCCUAACCCGGAGUAUUCUUUGGGCAAAAUCACACUACCAGUUCGGGCGGGCACCAGAACAGUAGAUGUAGAAUUUCUGGUUGUCAAGCUUCCUUCGCUAUAUAACCUCAUCAUGGGAAGAACCUAG